AUGGAGCCCACAUACUUCACUUGUGAUCUUGGACAGGCUGUCCUGCACCAGCAUGGAAAGGAAUACGAGACUGUCACAGAACUUGUCGAUUACAAGGCUCGAAAGGAACAAAAACUCCCGGCCGUCGGCUUUUUCUCCUCUUCGCACAAAUCUGAGCGAUGGGCACCUCAUAUUCUAUCAUUCGAGGAGGUGCAGCGAGGUUCCGUGGUCGUUGCGGACGCGCUAUCAACGAAAUUAAGGAGCGGAUCGAAGCAGACUAUUGCCCUCUUGUGUCCAAGUUCACCUGAGUUCCUUUUCACCUGGCUCGCCAUAAUUCGGUGGGGACAUGCUGCACUUUUGAUCGCACCACAGUGUUCUCCUUCUGCAAUUGCUCACCUAUGCAGAUCGUGCGAGGUGAAAUGUCUAAUCUAUGAUGAGGUUUACAAGGAUCUAGCAGAAAAAGCAUCUGCAGAAUCUGCCAAAUCAGAGGGACUGCCGAUUGAUGCCACUGCCCUUCCUUUCGCAGAGGAAGACGUCUUGGAUAUCAUAGCACGCACACCGUCGCGUCCACCAAAACCAGCCGAAGGGAUCCAGCGAUCUGAUAUCGCAUAUCUCCAUCACACGUCUGGCACAUCAACUGGGAUCCCCGAGCCAAUACCCCAGAGCCAUCAGGGAGCGGUAGGCGUGCUGCCUAGCCUUGAUGGGACAGAGCAUGCAUCCUUCUCCACGACGCCGCUCUAUCACGGCGGAGUUGCAGACCUGUUUCGAGCAUGGACAAGCAACGCUCUCAUAUGGCUCUUCCCUGGUAAAGACCUGCCCAUCACGGCGGCGAAUGUUUGCAGGUGCUUGGACACAGCACUGUGUGCAGCCAGUAAAGGUGUUCCACCAGUCAAAUACUUCUCAUCAGUGCCGUACAUCUUGCAGAUGAUGUCUGAAGACGAGGCUGGCUUGAAAUAUCUACAAAGAAUGGACAUCGUAGGUGUUGGCGGAGCAGCUCUUCCCCCCGAAGUAGGUGACAAGCUGGUUGGUGCGAAUGUCAACCUAAUAUCACGGUUUGGGAGUGCUGAAUGUGGAUUUCUCAUGUCAUCGUAUCGGGAAUUUCAAAAGGACAAAGAAUGGCAGUAUCUGAGGGUGAGACCUGGACAAGGAUACUUGAAGUUCGAACCACAAGAAGACGGCCUAUCGGAGUUGGUAAUCCAAGCUGGAUGGCCUCACAUGGCAAAACACAAUCGUGAAGACGGAUCGUAUGCCACAGCAGACCUAUUCGCCGCGCACCCGACAAUCCCUGAUGCGUGGCGGUACCAUUCUCGCGCCGAUUCGCAACUUACACUCGUCACUGGCAAGAAAUUCGACCCUGCACCGUUGGAAGAUGCCAUCCGAGCUUCGUUGCCUCUUGUUGACAAUGUGCUGAUAUUUGGAAACGGGCAACCCCAUCCAGGAGCUCUCAUUUUCCGUUCGGAAGAUGCAGCUUUACUUACAGACGAUGAUUUCAUUCGAACGAUAGCUCCCGUUGUUGAGAAGCUGAACAGAGUCGGCCAAAGUCACGCAAGAUUGCCCCGGAACAUGCUAGUUCCCAUGCUUUAUGACCAGAAAGGACUCGAGAAAAGCAGCAAGGGCACCAUUCUUCGAAGCAGGGCCGAAGAACGCUACGCCAGCAAUAUUUCCAAGGCAUACUCGGCCGCUCCAGCAGAUAAAACUUCGAACGUGUCAGACGACGACAUCCCCAGGACUGUGCGCAAGAUAGUGACAGACAUCGCCAGUGACAGAACAGUCAUUGAUCCUGAAUUUCUCAAUGACCGCACCGACCUCUUCGCUUAUGGAAUUGACUCGAUCGGUUGCAUCCAGAUCCGCCAUGGCCUCUCGCGUCUCAUCCCUGACGGCUCAGCCUUGCCACUCACUGUCGUUGAAGACCAAGGAACGAUAUCCCGACUGAGUGCCCUCAUUCUACGCAUACGACGCGGAGGCGAAGCUUACGACAAAAUUGACAAGGCAGACACAGCCUCGGAGGAACACGCCCUGAUGCUCGAUCUCGCUAAAAGAUACAGCACCUUUGAAGACAAUGCCACUUCGCCAAUCUCUUCGCCGUCGUCCUUCGGUUCAACCACAACAACAGCCACAACCUCGGAACAAAAGGGAUUACAGAUCCUCCUCACAGGUCCCACAGGUUCUCUCGGCUCACAUAUACUUCACCAACUCCUCUCCAACCAUCGCGUAUCCCACAUCCACCUCCUCGUCCGCGGUUCAACGGCCCAAGCCUCACGCGAACGUGUCCUCAAAGCUUUCUCCUCCCGUCUCCUCCCAAUCCCGGCAGACUUCACCGCCCGCACGACAAUCUGGCAAUGCGCCCUGUCCGACAACCUUCUCGGCCUCUCGCAAUCCGACUACACGACCCUCGCAUCUCAGGUCGACGUGAUACUCCACCUUGCAUGGUCCGUCAACUUCCUGCUUCCCCUCCGCUCUUUCGCCGCGACCCAUCUCGCCGGUCUCCGGAAUUUGAUCAACUUUUCACUCUCAUCGCCUCGCCUAUAUCCACCCAGGUUGAUCUUCUGCUCGAGCGUGGCGAGUGUAUCAGCGUAUCAUCAGAAUCAGUCAUGCAGCAGUUGUCCUGACAGCACCGAUCAAGACCAUACCGACAAAGUCCAUAUGGACAUCCGUACGAACAUAAACACUCACAUUGACACCAACACCAAUACGAAUACCAACACCACCACGGACGCCGACACUUUUCAUUCUCGCAGCACGAGACCGAAGAGUGCCAUCAAUGUUCCGGAGCUCCCUGUCUCCAACACGCCCAGUGCCUCUGGACCAACAGGCUACGCGCGGUCAAAAUGGGUCGCCGAAGCAAUCUGCGCCGCCGCGCACACUCACACCCGCCUGAACUCGCGCAUCAGCAUAUCCCGCGUCGGCCAGCUGUCGGGCGCAACCGACACGGGCGUCUGGAGCAAGACGGAAGCGUACCCCUUGAUGCUGAGCAGCUCGAAAGUCACGGGCGUGCUACCGGAUCUGGGUGAUUGGGAGGUCCUGAAUUGGCUCCCUGUCGACCUGGCGGCCCGCGCCUUUGUAGAGGAUGCACUGUCGACGUUGACAGUAGGGGAGACUGAUACCAACCUGAUCACCACCACCACCACCACCACCACUUCCAGUACUACUGCUCCUACAAGUACCAGUACCACUACUCCACCUCCUCCUCCUCCUCCUACUGGUCCUCAUUCCCAGCCAAACGAAAAGGGAGACGAAGACGGCGGGAAAAUCACUCACGAGAGUCUCCAGCCCCCAAGACUCCCCGUCUCCGUGCCCAUACCCGUACAUCACGUCCUCAAUCCGUACACCGACACCGGCAUGCACAAUUGGUCGAACCUGCUGGCUUGCCUGUCGCGCCACGACAACUUCAAGGUCGUCUCGGUCGGUGAGUGGCUCGACGCUCUGUCCUCGUUGCACGAGCGACCAGGAGAAACGAGUCUGCACCCGGCGUUGAAACUACUCGGCUUCUGGAAAGGCGUCUAUGGCAGCCGCCACCAACAUUCGCCGGCGCAGAUGGUGGAUAAUAGCGAAACGGCACUGCGAUUCGAUAUGGACAAGACGUAUGUGCGGAUGCCCUGUCUCCGUGAGCAGCAACCGGGACUCGAUGACGAGUACAUGGUCAAGACGUGGCGGUGGAUCAAGGCGAAUGUCUAG